ACCGGGCGGUGAUCUUCGCGGCCAUGUUCGCGGGCUACACGCUCUACUACUUCAACAGGAAAACGUUCUCGUUCGUGAUGCCCUCGGUCAUGGCGGAGAUACAGCUGGACAAGGACGACUUGGGCCUCAUCACCAGCAGCCAGUCGGCCGCCUACGCAAUCAGCAAAUUCAUCAGCGGUGUUCUCUCGGAUCAGAUGAGUGCCCGCUGGCUCUUCUCGUCUGGCCUGCUGCUGGUGGGCCUAGUCAACGUGGCCUUCUCCUGGAGCUCGACGGUCGCAGUCUUCUCUGGGCUGUGGUUCCUGAAUGGCUUGGCCCAGGGACUGGGAUGGCCUCCCUGCGGGAAGGUGCUGCGAAAAUGGUUUGAGCCUUCCCAGUUUGGGACAUGGUGGGCAAUCCUCUCCACCAGCAUGAAUCUGGCUGGGGGGCUGGGCCCCAUUGUCGCUGCCCUGAUGGCUCUGAGCUACGACUGGCGCACGACUCUGUCCAUCUCUGGCUUCAUCUGUGUGGGCGCCUCCUUUGUUUGCCUUGCCCUGAUUAAGAAUGAGCCGUCAGAUGUUGGGCUCCCCAGCAUUGAAGCAGGAGCCAGCAAGGGGAAAAAGGGCCCCUCCAGGGACGAUAGCACCCUUACAGAGCUGCUGCUCUCGCCAUACCUCUGGGUCCUCUCAACCGGCUACCUGGUGGUUUUUGGAGUGAAAACUUGCUGUACAGACUGGGGUCAGCUCUUCCUGAUCCAGGAGAGAGGACAGUCUGCACUUGUGGGCAGUUCGUAUAUGAGUGCCUUGGAGAUUGGUGGCCUGGUAGGAAGCAUUGCUGCUGGGUACCUUUCUGACAGAGCAGUGGCACGAGUAGGCCUGUCGAGCUAUGGGAACCCUCGGCACGUGCUCCUUCUUUCCAUGAUGGCUGGGAUGUCUGCUUCCAUGUAUCUUUUCCGGGUCACGGUCACAAGCGAGUCUCCUAAGGAAAAUGACUUCUGGAUUGUAGCCUUGCAUCCUCUUGCUGUCCUGACAGGCUUAAAAGAACAUGAGCUGUGGAUACUGACACUAGGAGCGAUCUUUGGGUUCUCCUCUUACGGACCUAUCGCACUGUUUGGAGUGAUAGCCAACGAGAGUGCGCCUUCCAACCUGUGUGGCACCUCCCAUGCUAUUGUAGCACUAAUGGCAAACGUGGGUGGAUUCCUGGCUGGGCUGCCCUUCAGUACCAUUGCUAAGCACUACAGCUGGGCCACAGCCUUCUGGGUGGCUGAGAUAACAUGUACUGUCAGCACCGUCGCCUUCUUCUUGCUACGGAACAUCCGCACCAAGAUGGGUCGAAUAACCAAAAAGGCUGACUGAAGCUGAGCCGCUGCUCGGCCACCAGGCACGCUGCUUGUGCAGAUCACGAGAGCAGCUCUUCACCACCUGGCCUGGGACUGUUGCCCAUGAGGGCAACCUCUAUACGGAUGAAAUAGAUCUGAAUAUGCCUCACUUCCAUUUGUUCAUGUUCCUGUAUUUGAAGGCACAACAGGCUCCACUGGUUUGUGGGUUUGGUUUGGUUUGGCUUUUUUUUUUUUUUUUUCUCUACAACAUUUGACUAUUCGGUUUGUUUACAUUUUCAUGUGGUGCCAUACCUCUGAGACUUGACAGUUUUGGCUCCUAAGCUUGAAGUGCUCUAGGUGACUGGUAUCUGGUGCUAUAUACCUAGCUAGCUUCUCUCUUGCAGCUGGGGUGCCUGCUAUAAUUCAGUCUCAUUGCUUAGGGAAAUAUGUACAGUGAGCCCUCUUGAAUUCUCAUGCCCAUAUAAAGCGUCCCUUUAGUUAUUUGUAGAGGAUGAUUUAACAAGGAUGUUUCUGAAGGAAAGGUACUUUUUUCUAACAGUCCCAGGAGAGUGCCCUGGACACGGCAUGAUUUAGCAUUGUGCUAAGGCUGCUAAACUGUUGUGUACGUGAGCGUUACGUUUUGGCACUAAACACCUCUUACCUGUUAAGAAGCUUCUCACUGAGAGUUUGGUGUGAGUAUUUAUGUUUCCCUGCAAGUUUUUAGAGGUGUCAGGACACAGUCAACCUCUGAAACCACCACUGCGAUAAAUUAACUACCAAGUAAGAAUUAAUUCUAAAGAAAACUGUGUAAAAGUAGACUAGAUUUGAUACUUAACCAUGAUUAUAGUACUGUUCACCAACUGGAAUAAAAAUGAAGCAGUGCCAUAA